AGUAUUUCUAAAUCAAAAUCAAAAUUUUUAACCUCUUACCGCCUUAUGGAUCAAGAUCCGAUCCAAUUCGCUUCACAAUUUUGAGAUUUUGAUUUUCGCCAGCUCUCAAUAUAUCAACCUAUCUCUGUUCUUCUACCUCCUACAUCCGAUCAUGUCGAAUUUAGCUCAGAUCUUCCGUUUAUCCUCAAGAUUUGGCUGCUCCUUUCUCCAAGUUACCGGCGAUCUCACUCCAUCUCCGAAUCCGAUGGGAAUUUGGAGGCUAGAACUCCAAAGGUUGAUUUGGCUGCUCCUCUCUCCUGAUUGUCGGCGAUCUCACUUCGACUCAGACUCCGAUGGGAGUUCCGAGGCUAGAACUCCAAAGGUAAGUAAUUAAACAAUAAUAUGAAAUUCACUACACUUAGUAAUUCUGUUAUUACUAUUAUUUCGAUUGCAGAACAUGAUUAAAGUAAUUUCUUCCAUGAUCUUAAGAAAACAGGUGGUAAGAAAAAGGAAAACAGAAUUUUGUUGAUUAACUGUUUGUGAUAAUGCCACUUAGAUGAGCAUUGUUUGCUUUUAAGUAGUUAAACAGUAAGUGGAAAUUCAAUAUAGUGAGCUAUGAUUU